GUCGCUUGCAGGAGCUGAGGCUGGAUGGGAACGACUUAAUAUCAUUCCCCUGGGAAACCCUGGCUGACAUGCCACAGCUAAGGCUUCUGGAUUUACACAACAACGAACUUACCUCAAUCCCUCCGGAUGCUGCUCGUUAUGUCAAGAAUAUCACAUACCUGGAUCUGUCUAGCAAUAAACUGAUGACUCUUCCUCAGGCUCUUAUUGCCACCUGGGCCAACCUCCAGGCCGUCCCUUACUUCCCCAACGAUAACUCCAAGAUCAUCCUAGGCUUGCAAGACAAUCCUUGGGUAUGUGACUGCAGUCUGUAUGAAAUGGUCCAUUUCCUAAAUUUCCAGUCUCCUAACAUAGCAUUCAUUGAGCCCAGGCUGAAGUGCUUCACCCCCCGGAGCCUUGCAGGAGUCUUCUUCAGCCAAGUUGAGCUAAGGAAGUGUCAAAGCCCUGUUGUACAUACAUCCGUGGCCAAAGUGAAGACCAUCCUGGGCAGCACUGUGCUACUGCGAUGUGGGACAACCGGGGUGCCCAUUCCUGAGCUCAGCUGGAGAAGAGCUGAUGGUGCUCAGCUGAACGGCACAGUUCACCAAGAGAUUUCCAGUGAUGGGAUGAGCUGGUCUAUUCUGGGCCUGCCUGUAGUCUCUUAUCUUGACUCUGGAGAGUACAUCUGUAAGGCAAAGAAUUUUCUGGGGGCAACAGAGGCGUUCAUAUCUCUCAUCAUCACGGACUCAGAAAGCACAGAUGACCCCAACACUAACGCCAAAGGCACAUGGAGCGGGAAGGCGAGUGGGAUGGAGGCAGCUGCCUACAAUGACAAGCUAGUGGCAAGGUACGUUAUCACCACCUCCACCAUGCCUACCCUGGGGGCUGGAGUGGGCACUGGAGAGGGCCUCCUCCCAGAUGUGGCCCAAGAUAGCAACCCCGGAAACCUGCUGGUGAGCCCUCCUACUGGUCAGCAGGAGCCAGAGCGAAUUGUGAGGUCCGUCAGGGUGAUAGGAGACAGCGAUCAGAGUAUCACCUUGGCCUGGAAGGCACCUCUGGCAAAGAACACGACAGUGUUCAGUGUCCUCUACGCCAUCUUUGGAGAGAGAGACAUGCGGCGGAUCAACGUGGAGCCAGGGAAGACCAAGGUCACCAUUUAUGGGCUGCUGCCAAAGACCAAAUACAUUGUGUGUGUCUGUGUGAAAGGGCUGAUCCCCAGGAAGGAGCAAUGCAUCAUAUUUUCUACUGAUGAAGUUGCCAGUGCGGGAGGCACCCAGAAGCUCAUCAAUGUGGUUGUCAUCAGCGUGGCCUGUGUCAUUGCUGUUCCUCUCACACUGGUGGUCUGCUGUGGAGCGCUGAAAAGGCGCUGCAAAAAAUGCUUUGUGAGGAAACCCAAGGAAAUUCAGGAGUCCUAUGUCACCUUUGAAAGCCUGUCUCCUGGGGCCAAGGCGAAAGGUGUGGAAGGGGAAUACUUGACUAGACAUACCCCUGAUGAGUCAAACAGGCUGCUGUCUGCCCGAUCCAGCGUGGACUCAGAAGCAAUACCAAAGAUAGAGGGCCAACCUAACGAAUACUUUUGCUGAUAGUAACCGGCUGAUGGUCAGCUCGUGAGGUGGAAAGCACAUGGCUGUAUGUACAACUCUCUGCUCCAGCCCUGCAGGCCCCCCUGUCAGUGCUGCUGUCUCCUACAUGUUCUGGAGAAGGAUGCAAGAGUGUAAAUGGUGCCCAGACUUUACAGAAACAUGUGCUAAUCCCACAUGGGGUUUGCUGUUUUGUACCAGUCAAAAGCUUCUAUGAUAUUUGCCUCAUUCUCAUGGACCACUUUUAUUUUCGUAAAAUGAAGCAUACACACUGAGUGUGAGGACAUUAAGCAACAUUCCUGAGUGCGCUCUGCUUGGUGUUAUUUAGUAUCUGCUCUGCAAUAUGCUAAGUAUUUCAUUCUCAGCUCUUUUGAUGUUCUUUUGGUUGACAAACAGGGGAGCGUUUAGUAAUUUUAAUAUAAAUAGCUAUAAAGGUGAAGAUUGAAAGUCUCACCUCUCACAUCUCCCAUGUUUGCAUGAAACAUGCAGCUUGAUACUUAAUAGAUCACUAAAAGUUGAUGUACAGCAAACCUUUCUAGUAUGUCCAACAUAACAAGAGCUCUCUGCUCUGAAUUCAGAGAAAUGUGCAAAGGAGAUAGAAAUCAAGAGACAAACCCCAAUCCACUCCUAAAAAUACAUAAUAGAGAGCAUUUUGUGAUUGCAUUUUGCCCCUGAACACUAUUCUUAAGAUUUUCUUAAAACAACAGUACCAAGCAGAUCUUUCAGUAUCAGGCCUAGCUGACAUUUUCUAGCUGUAUUGUAAUUAGUAGAGUAUGUUGUAGAUCAGCUGUGCUAGUUAAAAAUCAUAUAAUAUCCCACUCUGCAAAUCGUGUGUGGUGUUGUAGUGCUUUGUAACCAUACUGAAAAGCCCACAUUAGACAGUUCUGCAAAAAUCUCUCAGACCAGCCCUGUCAUUGCUGCCGGCUCUCCUGACAGAACUGGUGGUGAAGACCAGAGGGCUGAACCACACACUUGCUGUUUGGUCAUGAAAAUGCCUUGCUCCAUGCAGAGCAGGGGUAUGUGAUACGGUGGUAGACCCCUGGCCAGGCACACAUCAGCCAUACCACGGCAUCAGUGGCAGCAGAGGCUCAGUGUGGACUUUCAGGUUUCAAACAUUUACAAGUUUAAGAACCCUGAAAAACCCCUAAUAUUCAUCUAAAUGUACUUUCAUAUCCAGGGUGAGCUAAUCAAGUAUUUAAGUCCUGCAGCUCCACUGGAAUUUGGAUCUGAGUGCUUAUCACAAGGCAAUUCCCAGCUGUAUAAUUUUCCACUCCAGUCCCUCAUGUAGUAAUGCUGUAUAUAGUGUUUUUCGCUUUGUAAUAAAUACUCUUCAUGAAGAAAAUUAUAUAUGUUCUGCCAAAUGUUGAAUGGGAGGGUUCCAGCCAAGUUGAAAUGAUAACUGAUAAACCUUGCUGAAUUGUUUUGAAACGUGUAUUUCUAAAUGUAUUGGAAGGAUCUCUACUCACAUUCUGGCAUGUACAUACAGCGUGGGUUAGCAAAAUUCUCUGGUUGGAAUGGAAACCUGUAUGGAUUUUGCAAGUCUUCCUUGUACAGAAAGUUUCAGUUAUGUCAGAUUACUUGGCCUGAUGGAAAAAACAAGUCAUUUGAUCUCAACAUAAAUAAUAGCAACUGGGUAUACAUGACAAUAGUUUCUGAUAGGACUCCCUGUAUUCCUUACAUUAAUGAGAAAGAGUAUUGGGAGAAUUUGUCAAUCCUUGUAUAAAAGAAUGCAUGCUACUUCUAUCACUGGACUGCAUAGAUUUUUAGGUUUACAAAUAACAUUUUGCAAAAUUAUGUAUUUUAAUACAAAGAAUUAAUUGAUGAAAUAUGUAGUAUGUAAUAGAACUAUUACUUAUUUAUACAGUUGCAUUUCCCAGGAUGAUUUUUAGAGUCUCUCUCCAAGGUAGAACAAAACCAGUCUUCCAAUAUGGGAUGAAUUACAGGGAUUGCUGUAUUAUUGAGCCUGAUUCCUUCCAACAUCUGCAGCAGUAUCACUGCGCUGUGCAGAAAUGACAUGGCCCUGGAUGGAUAAGCUAGCCCUGAAGAAUCAAGGCUCUUCUGCAGUGAACAGAGUGGACCAACUGCCCAAGGACUUUCCCGUAAGUCUGGUUUUCAGGAGCUGACUGGGAAGGGGAAGUAUUUACCCUCUGGCUGCCUGGAGGCAUGAGCUGGGUACUUGGUCACAUCCAGCCCUGGUGAGGAGCAGCUCUCACCUGCUCCAUCGGUGCGUGCUCUGCCCCAUGGGCUGUGAGUUGGCAAUGGAAAAGGCAGUGGCUGGGCCUGUGCUGUUGCUCUGUGCUUGUGGGGAGGGUAGGAUGGAGAGGCCACACUGUGACAUUCACUGUGGAUGUGUUGAGUUUUAUGGACUCUACUGGGUAUUUUUUGCACUUUGAAUAAAUAGGGAUCCCAAGUAGAAGAAACAUGAUUUUUCUUUUCUGUUUCCUAUGGUUGUUCUCACUGUCUCGUAGGUGAGACAUCACCAUUUAGUGUCUCAACAGCUGCUGCUCCAAAACAGGCCUCUCUCUCUAUUGCACUGAUGGUUCACACAAAAUAGGCAAUAGAUAGAAACUUGCAUAAGCUUUGUGUCAUCUAGUGUCAGUCAGAAGAGAAACCCUGUACUUGCUAAGCUGCUGGUGAAAUUUCAAACCAUUAAACUGAUUUUCUUCUGAAUGUGACUUUCAAGUCUCUGGGUCAGGUUUUUCAGUGGUAUGAGGCAUGUAAAGAAGCAGAUAAAUACCAUGCUGGAUUUUUCUUGUUGUUUUAACCGAAGGGGUGUUAGGCACCUAGUUUCAGCAGGGUUAACUCGGGCAGACUCUGGUCAUAAGACAUGUGAAAGGAGCUGGCUCAGAGUUCAGGCAAGGAGAAUAUUUAUCCCUGGAAGCAAUUUCUUACUUGGUUAAAGUCAGACUUUGGGCAAACAUGGGGUGUAGAAAAUGAAAUCAAAACCUGAAUAGCUUUUGGAAUUACUGCAUUAGUAGCAUUUUAAAUUUUUUU